AUGGAGCACGAGAUCAAGUCGGAGCCGCUGGCACAGCAGACUCCCACGAGACAAGAAUCGCUCGAAGUCGCCGAGAAUGGAGCUCCGGGCUCGACCAAGGGCAAGAAUAAGAGCAAGAACAAAGACGAUGGCGCAUCCAGCAAGCGGCGAUGCGUAAGUACUGCGUGCAUAGCGUGUCGAAAACGCAAAUCCAAGUGCGAUGGCAAUCUGCCCAAGUGUGCUGCUUGCGCAUCGGUCUAUCUGACCGAGUGUGAGUAUGCGCCCCAUACGGAUCACCGCCGGAAAGGCGUGUAUAGGAAAGAUGUCGACAGUUCCAAGACCAAGAAUGCCACCCUCCAAACCCUAGUUCAGGCUAUCCUCAAUGCAGAGGAGGAGGAUGUGAUGGACUUGGUGCGGCAGAUGCGAACAUGUGACAGCCUCGAAGAACUGGCCGUCAAUAUCGAGGCCGAGGAGAGGGGCCUACUCGAGGAUCCGCCCGAUUCCCCGACCUACACUGAUGGUUCCACCGUUCCCAAGUUCGAGGCCGAGCUCUCCGGGAAGAUGGGCGACUUGAUGCUUGACGGAUCGGUCAAAUUCAUCGGAGGCACCUCCAAUUUGAUAUGGUUCCCCGAAGAGUAUGAACAGAGCGGCUCUACAAGUCUGAUGGCCCAGCAGCAGCACGUGGUGCGGCCUCGAGAAGAAGCCAUCCUGUCUUGGACAGCAGUGACCCAGGACACGGACCUGAUGCUGCAUUUCAUCAACAUGUAUUUUUGCUGGCAUUAUGCUUUCUUCACCACGCUCUCCAAGGAACUCUUCUACCGCGACUUCUUGACAGGGAAGUCAUCGCAGUAUUGCUCUCCUCUCCUGGUCAAUGUCAUGCUUGCUCUCGGUUGUCACUUUUCCAACCGGCCGGAGGCCAGGGCGGACCCUGAAGAUUCCGCCACUACUGGCGACCACUUCUUCGCGGAAGUAAAGCGGCUCCUUUACGAGGACGACGAGUUCGCCAAUGCGAAACUUUGCACUGUCCAGGCUCUCGCCUUGAUGUCGGUCAGAGAAGCAGGCUGUGGCCGUGAAAGCAAAGGUUGGGUGUACAGCGGCAUGAGCUUCCGCAUGGCUUGUGAUUUGGGGUUGAACGUCGAUGUCGCUCCGAUUAACCAGUCGUCUCGGUUGGCUGACGAGGAUGUCGACGCGAGACGGAUCACAUUCUGGGGUUGUUUUCUCUUCGACAAGUGCUGGUCGAACUAUCUAGGCAGACAACCUCAGCUGCAGCUGCCUACCAUCACCGUCAAAAAGCCGGAUGUCUUCCCGUCCGAAGAGAGCGCAGUAUGGUCGCCGUAUACAGAUUCUGGGCUCCUUCAAACACAUGCCCAACCUGCCCGAACGAGAGCGGUUGCGUUACAGUUGUCCAAGCUUGCCGAGAUCUCUGGUGACUUGUUAGCAUCUUUCUAUAACCCACAACACCUUGACAAGCCCCCAACGAAACAGGCCGAACUCAAACGACUGAGUGACUUGCACACCAGGCUCGAAGCCUGGAAGCAAGUACUGCCGCCGGAGCUGGAGCCACGGGAUGGCCAGUUGCCGCAAGUCUUGUUGAUGCACAUGUUUUACCAGCUCUUGUAUAUCCAUCUGUAUCGGCCUUUUUUGAGGUAUACCCGAACGACGUCGCCUCUUCCCGCGCACAUCUCGCCGCGAAAGUACUGCACCCAAGGCGCUGCCGCCGUGUCAAAACUAUUACGGCUAUAUAAACGAACACACGGGCUGCGUCAAAUAUGCAACAUCGCCAUCUAUAUUACUCACUCGGCGUGCACGAUCCAUCUUUUGAACCUGCCCGACAAGAAUGCGCGACGCGACAUUAUCCACGGCGUCAAACAUCUCGAGGAGAUGGGGGAUUGUUGGACAGCGGCGCGACGUACUCUCAGAGUGUUGCGACUGUGCGCCGACCGAUGGAAGAUAGAAGUGCCCGAAGAAGCAGAAACGGUGUUUACGCGGGCCAAAGGCAAAUGGGGGCUCACCGAAAGUGCUCCCUCGCCUAUCUCGCCACAGUCUCUCGCAACCAUGGCCAAGCAAAUCAGGUCGCAGCCGGUGCCGCAUCUAAUAGGUCAAAAUUUCCAGCAGCAGUCGCUACAGCAACCAUCGAUGAACAUUCCGGUCGUAUCAGCCGGCCUGUCUGCAGCGACGGUGCCUUCGCCGCCGGAGACAGUCGACACGCGGUCGUCGUCCGGCAACACGUCGCUGCUUCCCAACGCCGCGGCGGAUUUGAAUCACAGCGUACAUCGGGUGCAGCCGUCGAGAUCAACGUACAUGACCCAAGCGCAGCAAGAUGCGUGGAACGCACACCGGACGCGUAUGGCGAGCAGGCCGGCUGGGGCAGCUCCAGGUACCAUAGGCCAGACUGAUAUGCAGACCGCAGGACAACUGUUCGGCGGCGUUGAUAGCCUGGUCGAGGAGACGCAGGACUGGUUCUUCAAAGACCAGAACCAGCUGGCCAUGGGCUUUGAAAACUGGGGCGACGGCGACCCCCAUCAGGACUGGGGUUCCCUGAGCUUCUCUUUUCUGGACGGUGACAGCGCAGGCGGCAUGGACAGCUCCAACACCGGCAGCCGUCCCGACACCAAUGGGAACUCGCCCAGUUUUUUGGGCGGCGGUGAGAAGUCGCAGUAUUCUGCGUACGAACCCGGCAUGACCAACAAUGGACCCUGGGGACCCAGCUACGGCGAAUAUUUGACAAGCACCUUUGUUGGGCCGAGCAGUAACGGCUUAAGCGAAGGGAUGGGCAUACCCACUGGCACGGGUUUGGAGAUGGGGGUGGAGGGUGGAGGUCCGCGCAACGGCCGAUUGAAAGAGUCGAUGCAAGCUCGGAAUAACAUGAGCUUUGAUGAUGUGAUGUAUCAGUAA